CUCCCAGAGCCGGCGUGGACCUAUCAAGACCCGGAGGCGGGCACUGUUUGGGGGCGUGGCCUCGGGGGGAAACCACCGGGCGUGCCGCGGACGUCUCAACCCGGGAAAACGCCCUCUGCGGGAAGGAGAGACAGCACGUCGCCAUGCCUCGCUCUGGGCUCCGCGUCGCCCUUCUCCUGCCACCGCUGCUGUUGCUGCGCGCUGUUCUGGCCGUACCCUUGGAGCGCGGGACGCCCAAGGAGGAGAACCCCGCCACCGAGACCCCCGACACAGGCCUGUACUACCACCGAUACCUCCAGGAGGUCAUCAAUGUGCUGGAAACGGAUGGGCACUUCCGGGAGAAGCUUCAGGCGGCCAACGCUGAGGAUAUCAAGAGCGGGAAGCUGAGCCGGGAGCUGGACUUCGUCAGCCAUCACGUUCGCACCAAGCUGGACGAGCUCAAGCGCCAGGAGGUGUCGCGGCUGAGGAUGCUGCUCAAGGCCAAGAUGGACGCGGAGCAGGAGCCCAACAUGCAAUUGGACCACCUGAGCCUCCUGAAGCAGUUUGAACAUCUGGACCCCCAGAACCAGCACACAUUUGAGGCACGGGACCUGGAGCUGUUGAUCCAAACGGCCACCCGGGACCUCGCCCAGUACGACGCCGCCCAUCACGAAGAGUUCAAACGCUAUGAGAUGCUCAAGGAGCACGAGCGGCGCCGCUACCUGGAGUCCCUGGGUGAGGAGCAGCGGAAGGAGGCGGAGAGGAAGCUGGAAGAGCAGCAGCGCCGGCACCGCGAACACCCCAAAGUCAAUGUGCCCGGCAGCCAAGCGCAGCUGAAGGAGGUGUGGGAGGAGCUGGAUGGAUUGGACCCCAACAGGUUUAACCCCAAGACCUUCUUCAUACUGCAUGAUAUCAACAGUGAUGGUGUCCUGGAUGAACAAGAGCUGGAGGCCCUCUUCACUAAGGAGCUGGAGAAAGUGUAUGAUCCAAAGAAUGAAGAAGAUGACAUGCGGGAGAUGGAGGAGGAGCGGCUGCGCAUGCGGGAACACGUGAUGAAGAACGUGGACACCAACCAGGACCGCCUAGUGACCCUGGAGGAGUUCCUGGCAUCUACGCAGAGGAAGGAGUUUGGGGACACUGGGGAGGGCUGGGAGACGGUGGAGAUGCGCCCCGCGUACACGGAGGAAGAGCUGAAGAGGUUCGAGGAGGAGCUGGCGGCGCGGGAGGCAGAGCUGAAUGCUAAGGCCCAGCGCCUCAGCCAAGAGACAGAGGCUCUGGGUCGCUCCCAGGGCCGCCUGGAGGCUCAGAAGAGAGAACUACAGCAGGCCGUGCUGUACAUGGAACAGAGGAAGCAGCAGCUGCAAGGCCACAGCGACUCAGCGCCCAGACCUGAGGAGAAGCUCAGGUUCCACCCUGAAACAGUUGCAGAUGAUGCCCCUGUCCCAGCCCCAGUUGGUGACCACAAAGACGUGGACACGUCAGAGAAGAAGGUCCCAGAGCAGCCCCCCGAGCAGCCGCGGCUGGAGCCCCAGAACCUGUGAUGGCUCACAUCCCACAGCCCCCUGGGUCCUUGCAGAAGCAGCUGAUGUUGGGGUGCUAAGGGUCAGGAUGAAUCCUGGGGGCCUGCAAUCUGGGGCGCCCCUGGGGCCGGGGGACAGGGUGGCAGGUGACACCUGGCCCAGGCCCACUCUGUGCCUCGGUUUCCCCUAGGCCUGGCCCUUCUUUCUGUCCCUCUUCAAGGACCCACCUUGUCUCAUGUCCAGCGGGGUAUUCACUGAUCCACCUAACGGGGGGUCACCCCUCCUUCCUGAAAGGGUUUGCUUUGUGCUUAUCUUCUGGGCCUUGGGAAGCCCCCCAGCUGCUGGAACCCCACCCUCUGCGCCUGACCCUGCUUUGCCUGGUUUAUGGAUCUUGGGGAUCCCUUAGGAACUUGAUACCAGUGACACCUGGAAGACCCAUGAAGGUCCAGUCUCCUUCCACAUCACUGACGCUCCCCAACUCUCCGGCCUCCUCUGCCUUGGGGCUCCUCCCUGACACCCCAGAAGGGUCCCAGAGCUGCCCCAAUGCGGUUCUGGCCCCUCAACCUCACAUGGGCACCCUCAGGGCUGGGCCCCUGCCCUUUGGCCUCCUCCUCUGCUGCCCUCCAUCCUGCUCUCCCAGUUCUCCCCAAAUAUACUUUCUGGAACAAAUCCAUGCCUUGUCUGAAGAUGCAUUCCCCCCCCCCCCAUCCCCAGCACACCUUGCAACAUUCUCUUUAUUUUGUUUCCUUUUUCAUUUGGAGUCACUCCGACAGUGCUCUAGGUACCACGUGGGAAGGUUUGAAGCCAGGCCUCCUGCAUGCGAAGCAUUAUCUCAGUCUACCGAGUUCUCAGGCCUUUUGAGUUUUUUUUGUUUCUGUUUUAUGUUUUGGGGAGGGUCACACCCAGUAGUGUUCAGCGCUUACUCCUGGCUCUUCACUUAAAGCUCACUCCUGGCAGGGCCUAGGAACCAUAUGGAAUGUGAGGGACCAACCUGGGUCAGCCACGCACAAGAUAAAUGCCCUGCCCACUGUGAUAUCUCCCCAGCCCUUUGUGGCCAGUCCUGGUUCUGGGCUCAGGAGUGAUCUUUGGCCAUGCUUGGGAGAAUGUAGGCAGGGCUGGACUUGAAUGAAGGUGAUAAAGGUUGGAGAGUGAACAGGAGCUAAAAUCCUGGUCCUGGCAGAAUUUCUAAAUCUAGCCAGCUGACCCCCGCACCAUUGCACAUCUACAAAGGAAGAUGUGGAAGGAAGAUCAAGGGAAUUUAAAGAAUGAUUAAGGGGUGGAGGGGCUAGAGCAAUAGCACAGCGUGUAGGGCAUUUGCCUUGCAUGCGGCCAACCCGGAUUUGAUUCCCAGCAUCCCAUGUGGUCCCCCGAGCACCACCAGGAGUAAUUCCUGAGUGCAGAGCCAGGAGUAACCCCUGUGCAUCCCUGGGUGUGACCCAAAAAGCAAAAAAAAUAUAAAAAAGAAUGAUUAAGGAGUGGAGAGAUAGUAGCAUAGAGCCAGGAGUAAGCCCUGAACAACGCCAGGUGUGGCCCCCAGCACCUCACAAGUAAUCUCUGUCACCUCUGUCUCAAGCACCCCCCGCCCCCUCCCUCCUCACCUUUAGUUCUAGUCAUAAUCCAAGGGAAUUCUAUUGGCCCUUUUGUUCUGUUUGAGAUGAUUUCCUCUCUGAUCUGCCUGCUACCAAGAUUUGCCAGUGCCCGGACGCUGUGAAAUGAUGGCUCUGAGCCCUGGGGUGGCUCCAGUGAUCCAGUGCCGAGUCAGCAUGUGGUAGGCCCUGGCUUCGGUACCUGAUACCGCAUGAUCUCCAGCACCUCCAGGUGUGGCCUGGUGGACUAAGCAUUGUUGGGUGUGGCCCCUACAAUAAAUGAAAC